UCUCAGCUGCGACUGCAAGCAAAGACGAGAGCUUCUUCUUGAGAACCGGAGCUCCUCCCAUUCACAACCCAUUCAUAUCUAUACAUCGUAGGAUUGCAUACUCUCUCUUCACUUGCGAACGACUCUUUUCAAUGGCCGUCUCAGAUGGAGUACACUGAACCCAAGCUCGUUCUGUAUUCAUCUGUCUUGAAAAGCGCCAACUCUGAAUCAAACUUGCCGUUGCUCCGCCGGGCCGUAGAGGAGCUUUUUUCCCGGUAAGCAGAGUGAAAGGGUCUUCUUCUUCAUCUUCUCUAACAGCUUGAUGACUGCAUUUAAUUCCAUGCUGUAGCACCCAUCGAUGACUCGAAAGGAGUUUGUUUUUUUCUUUUCUUGGACCUUCUCUCACAUGCAUGGUUUCAAAAGCUUUGUGUGAAAGAUAAGCAUCCACAUACACCCACCACAAAAUCCUUUCUCACAUGGAACUUGUCUCCUAAGAGUGGACUUGCACCGUCAUUACUGUGUUGAUACUACCGAGAAGAAGAAGAAGCAGAGAGAGAGAGAGAGAGAGAAAGAGAACGAGAAACUGUAAUCGCCAUUUUUUGAUCAAACAGUCACAUUCCCUUAAUUUCACCACCACCUCAAAGGCCACAUUUCGACUCUUCCAUGGCCAAAAGGAGCCAUUUUGACACCAACCCUUUAUUCCUCGAGGCCUUCUUCUUCUUCAUUUGGUUCUCUAGCUCCAAAACCCUAGUCACUUCUCUUUCUUCUGAUGGCCAAGCCCUUCUCUCUCUCCUCACUGCUUUGGGCUCUUCUUCUUCCUCUUCAUCUCCAGUCCUUUCCACAUGGAAUCCAUCAAGCCAGACUCCAUGUUCAUGGCAAGGUGUCACUUGCUCUCCUCAGGAUAGAGUUAUCUCUCUGUCUCUGCCCAAUACUUUCCUCAAUCUCUCCUCUCUGCCUCAAGAUAUAUCAUCUCUCUCAUCCCUUCAACUCCUCAAUCUCUCCUCGACCAACAUUUCAGGAACAAUCCCUCCUUCUCUUGGCUUGCUCUCGCACCUUAGGCUUCUUGACCUCUCUUCCAACUCUCUCUCUAGCCCAAUACCCCCUGAGCUUGGCAAGCUCUCUUCACUUGAGUUCCUUUUCUUGAACUCCAACAAGCUCACUGGCAUUAUCCCUUCACAGCUCUCUACCCUUACUGCACUGCAAGUGCUCUGUAUCCAAGACAAUCUCCUCAAUGGGUCAAUACCAUCCCAGUUAGGCUCUUUGGUUUCUCUCCAGCAGUUCAGAAUUGGUGGGAACCCAUAUUUAACAGGGGAGAUUCCAGCGCAGUUGGGGCUACUCACCAAUUUGACCACCUUUGGUGCUGCUGCUACUGGCCUCUCUGGUGUGAUACCUCCCACAUUUGGGAACUUGGUAAAUCUCCAAACUUUGGCACUUUAUGAUAGUGAUGUGUUUGGUCCGAUCCCUCCCGAGCUCGGGUCGUGUUCCGGGCUCACGAAUUUGUAUCUGCACAUGAACAAGCUCACUGGUCCAAUCCCUCCCCAACUGGGCAAGUUGCAGAAGCUCACCAGCUUGCUUUUGUGGGGGAAUGGGCUAACUGGGCCUAUACCGGCUCAACUUUCGAAUUGCUCGUCGCUUGUUGUCCUUGAUGUCUCAGCCAAUGAUCUCUCCGGUGAAAUCCCCGGUGAUUUGGGGAAGUUGAUAGUUCUUGAACAGCUUCACUUGUCUGAUAAUGCGUUCACAGGUUCAAUCCCCUGGCAGUUGAGCAACUGCACAAGCCUGACUGCGCUUCAGCUUGAUAAGAACCAAUUGUCAGGCAACAUUCCGUGGCAAGUCGGCAACUUGAAGUUCUUGCAGAGUUUUUUCUUGUGGGGAAAUUCAGUUUCUGGAACGAUACCAUCCGCUUUUGGUAACUGCACCGAGCUUUAUGCACUCGAUCUUUCGAGAAAUAAGCUCACUGGUUCUAUCCCAGAAGAGAUUUUCAGUUUGAAGAAGCUGAGCAAGCUUUUACUAUUAGGAAAUUCGCUAACAGGAGGGUUGCCACCAAACCUAGCAAAGUGUCAGUCACUGGUGAGGUUGAGGCUUGGAGAAAACCAGCUUUCGGGUCGCAUUCCAAAAGAAAUUGGACAGUUGCAGAACCUUGUGUUUCUCGACUUGUACAUGAACCAUUUCUCUGGCGGGCUUCCUCAGGAGAUGGCCAAUAUCACAGUUCUUGAGUUGUUGGAUGUGCACAGCAAUCACAUAACUGGAGUAAUUCCUCCUCAGUUAGGGGAGUUAGUAAACUUAGAGCAGCUUGAUCUCAGCCAGAACAGCUUCACCGGCGAAAUACCUUCGAGCUUCGGAAACUUGAGUUACUUGAAUAAGCUCAUUGCCAACAAUAAUUUGCUCACAGGGUCGAUCCCGAAAUCAAUCAGAAAUUUGCAGAAACUGACUCUGCUUGAUCUGAGCUUUAAUAGCUUCACAGGUACAAUCCCACCUGAGAUCGGUUAUAUCACGAGCCUUACUAUUGGUUUGGACUUGAGCUCGAAUGGGUUGACCGGAGAACUUCCUGAGUCAAUGGCUGGGUUGACCCAACUGCAAUCGCUUGAUCUGUCACGAAAUAUGCUGUCUGGUAAAAUUGCCGUCUUGAGUUACAUGACCAGUCUUACUACCCUAAAUAUUUCCUGUAACAAUUUUUCUGGUCCAAUACCAAUAACCCCAUUCUUCAGAACUUUGUCAGGAAGUUCCUACCUAGAAAACCAUAACCUUUGCCAAUCAAUGGACGGAUCGACUUGUUCCACUGGCCUCUUUCGCAGAAAUGGGUUAAAAUCAGCUACAACCGUAGCUUUGAUUACUGUCAUACUAGCUAUAUUGACUGUAGCGCUCCUUGCUUCGUGGAUCUUGGUGACUCGAAAUAAUCGAUACAUGGUUGAAAAAUCUUUAGGGAUGUUGGCCUCAUCGUCGGGUGCAGAGGACUUCUCCUUUCCAUGGACUUUCAUACCAUUCCAAAAGCUCAACUUUACCAUGGAUAAUAUCUUGGAGUGCCUACGAGAGGAGAAUGUUAUUGGCAAAGGAUGCUCGGGAGUUGUGUAUAAGGCGGAAAUGCCAAACGGGGAAAUAAUUGCAGUGAAGAAGCUCUGGAAAACAAAACACGACGAGGAGCUGGCAGUGGAUUCUUUCGCUGCGGAAAUUCAAAUUCUGGGGCACAUUCGGCAUCGGAACAUCGUGAAGCUCCUGGGAUAUUGUUCUAAUAAGAGCGUGAAGCUCUUGCUUUACAAUUACAUAUCCAAUGGUAAUCUGAGGCAGCUUCUCCAGGGAAAUAGGAACUUGGAUUGGGAAAUUCGUUAUAAGAUUGCAGUGGGAUCUGCACAGGGUCUUGCCUACCUUCAUCAUGAUUGCGCUCCGGCGAUACUUCACAGAGAUGUCAAGUGCAAUAACAUACUUCUGGAUUCGAAGUUCGAGGCUUAUCUCGCAGAUUUCGGCCUGGCUAAAAUGAUGAAUUCUCCAAACUACCGUCACGCGAUGUCAAGAGUUGCUGGAUCUUAUGGCUAUAUUGCCCCAGAGUAUGGAUAUACAAUGAACAUAACGGAGAAGAGUGAUGUCUAUAGUUAUGGAGUGGUCUUGCUUGAAAUUUUAAGCGGGCGCAGCGCCGUGGAGUCCCAGGCGGGUGAUGGGCUCCACAUUGUCGAAUGGGUGAAGAAGAAGAUGGGAAGUUUCGAACCAGCCGUGACAAUCCUCGACACGAAGCUCCAAAGCCUACCGGAUCAGAUGGUGCAAGAGAUGCUUCAGACACUCGGGAUCGCGAUGUUCUGCGUGAACUCUUCGCCAGCGGAGCGUCCCACCAUGAAGGAGGUCGUGGCGCUGCUAAUGGAGGUGAAGAGUGUGCCCGAAGAGUGGGGGAAGACCUCUCAACCGCUGAUAAAGCCAUCGUCGACACAGAGCUAGUUUAGACGUUAAUUUUUCUUUCUGUAACUGUUAAAGACAUUGGUAAUUCGAUUCGCCUUUCGACCCCGAGAUGCAUAAAGCGAGAGUUGUUGAAUGAGAAAGACAGGGUAGGAUGCUUUAGGCCAUGAUUUAUUAGAUUAGAAUGGGGUAGUCUUGGGUCUGUACAGUUUUUAGAUGCGGCAAUGUCAUUGAUUUUCUUCAUCCUUUA